AUGGCUCCCUCGAAAAAGAGUGGGGAGAAGAAGGGCCGUUCUGCCAUCAACGAGUUCGUGACGAGAGAAUACACCAUCAACAUUCACAAGCGCAUCUGUGGGGCGGGUUUCAAGAAGUGUGACCCUCAGGCACUCAAAGCGAUCCGGAAAUUUGCCAUGAAGGAGAUGAGAGCUCCAGAUGGAAGGAAAACGGAGACCCAUCCAGAUCACCUGUGCGCCUGCGGCCACGGGAAGCUGCUGGUUGUGCAUCCCAGCUUCCUCGCCCUCCUCGAAGCUGCGGCGGGGAAAAAGGACACGAAAAGCGAGGGGCACCAGCAGGCCUGCACCCCUGGGCCCGCCGAAGGGCUCCCUAGAGCCAGAAAAGGAACAAUAGCAGACCCUCGGUCGCCGGAGCCAUCCGGAGUCUCCCGCUUGCGCCUCCCUCCCCAGCUCCUCCAAGUUCUGCGCGGAGGCGGCUCGAGCCCAGAAGUCAGGAGACGGGGGGCAACGCGGGGCGGGCCCGGCAGACAGUUGGCGGCCGGCGGCAGACAAGGGAGUGGUAGCGGGACCCUCGCUGCCACCCCAAGCCGCUCCGCCCGGCGCGCCUUCCCUCGCCCGAGCCCCAGACACAAAGGCCGGGCGGCGAGCCGGGACCCCGCUCCGCGGAGCCUCCCGACUCUCGGCGCCGCGCACUUACCCCAUCGAGGCGAAGGCUCCCGGGCCCCGCCGGCUGCGCCACUCCGCCCGCCGCUUCCCCAGGAAAACGCGGCCGCCGGGCUCGCUUCCUGCUCCGCUUCCUGCGCCUCGGUCCCUCCUCCUCCCCCCGCUGCGGGGGUCAGUGGGCGCCGCGGCUCCCGGGCUGGGCGGGAGGGGCGGGGGCAGCGGCAGCACCACCACGUGGCCUCCCGACGCCGGCCCCCGCCGACCUGGAUCCCGCGGGAGCGAGAAGGGAGGUGCUCGCCUCUCCCCUCCCCUUCCACCCCGCGCGGCCCCAAAUUCCGCGAGUCAGGUGACCCGGCCCCGCGCCCGGGCCGAGACUUGCGGGAGGUGCUCGCAACCGCACCGGCGCGGCCGCCACCCCUGAGCCCGCAAGCCUCGGGCGUUCGUGGUUGGCUUUUAGUGCCCAGCGAUCGUGGACCUUUCCCCGCGGAUGGGUUUCAUCAUCAUCACCUGAAGUUAGUGGGCAACACCGUCGCUCUAACCCCAGCAUUUAGGACCGAAUUAUUGAACAGAAAGUAAACCGGAAUCCGCUUGUUCUCUGGACGGACUGAACCAAGUGGUUGGAGUGACUGCUAACACUCAUCAGGUGGCAACAGAAGCUACUGGCGUGAAGCGUGGUUCGGUUCAGGAGUUGGGAGAAAUCUACCGCCUGAACUGAGAGGCACGGAUGGGGGACGCCCCCCAGAGUCGCGUCCGGGAUGCAAGGAGGGAAGGCCAUACUCCCCCACCCCCCACCCCAGGACCCCGCGGCGUGUCACUCUUCCCCAGCCCGCUAAAACCGGCCUUUGAAUCUUAAUGGACUCCUCCUGUAAUUCCAAGGAUUUCAAGCUCUCCACCUCCUCGUUUCAUUUGGGACUGCUUUUCUAUUCAUUCGAGACAGGCUAACCAGCUAUGGCUUAGAAAGUUAUUCACCCAAGUCCCUCCCGUCUCCGGGUCAGCUCUGCAUCCUUAGGCAGGGCAGGAAGCUUUCUAGAGUAAAUGACAUUAAGUCCGUUUUGAUGGGAUCAACUCUAAGUCAUUUGAACUUAAAAAAAAAAAAAAAUCCAUUCCAACGGAAGUGAAAUUCACCCUAACAGUUGAGUGUGUAAGGUCUUAGCUGCAUCUUGACGGUCUACACGUUAGAAUUUAUCUGUCUCCCUCCUUCCCCAGGGGUACAGCCUGUCUGUUUUAACAGGUAACUUAUCAAACAGGGAGCAAAAGCUCUGUAACUAUGAACUAUGAAGUAACUGUGCAGCGUGGCCUUCCUAAAUCAUACAUCAGAGAUUCUUUUGAAAAGUGAUGAAUAGCCCGUUUAAAGCAAGCCAUACACUCCUCUUCCUGUCCCUUAUCCCUCUCAAAUGAAAUGACACUAAAAGAAAUGUGAGCUUGCAAACUUCUUGUUUGUUUAAUGCUGGCCAUGUCUACAACACAGUUUUUCAUCAUGGUUCAUAUUAAUGGUGUACCACUUGUGUGUUUUCUGUUCUAACAGCUCAGUCUGCAAGCAGGGGCAGCUGGAGAGGUGGGCUUGGGAGCGAGGUGCAGGGUACACCGUGCCAGCUUCGAAAGCGAACACGUGCGUGUUCUGCAGGAAUGGUUGACAAGUCGAAGGAGUUUAAUACCAAGCAGCUUUAAACAAUUUUUUUUUUCUUUUACACCCGGUGCCCUGUCCCAGCCACUUACCUCUGAGCCUACCUGACUGUGUCAGCUCGGUGGCUCUUGUUGGUGGCUUGUGUGCUUAUUCUCCCUGAUUUAUAAUUCCACCCUCAGACAUGAGCAAGUCCAACUCUGGGUGGGGGUUGCUGUGGAGGGAAGGACUCUUAGAGUUAGGCUGAUGUGCCAAGAUUCUUUUCCAGAUCCCUCCUCCUCUGAAACUCAAACAUCUCCUUCAGACCACAGCUGAAGUCAUGCUACCUGCAGAGGAAUUGAUGGUCAAGUACAGGAUUGAACAGUCUUCUUGUUGGUUUGGUUUGGCUUGUUUUUUCCCCAGGCCUUUUAGAAAUGCUAACUCAUUCAGGAUACAUUGAGCACACCCUUUAAUGGAGACCAGGCCCGUGUAAAAAGGUUUGAGAGAAGGCAACAAGAAUAAAAUGAUCAUCUAAACUUCAUAGAAAGUUGUUAAAACUUUUUUUGGGAGGGACAGCAUGUUGUAUUUUAAUAGGUGAAUUAUGUCCAAUCAAGGUAACUGUAAUAAGAACAAAGCGACCAUGUUCCCACUACCUCUUUUACUAACUUGCCAUUUGAACUUCGCCAAGCCUUUGAACCUCUCCUGGUCCCCCUUUUCCUAAUCAGUAAAAAAAGAACAUUGAACUA